AUGCUUGUCAUUCCAUCGUCGGGCCCCACGACGGACCCCAGCUACCCGGGCAAAAUCCCCACAGAACUGGCGGUGCAGGCAGCCAAAGAGGACGGGGGCGGCUGUGGCCACUUGCUGUUUCUGGCUGUAGCCCACGUCGUCGCCGUCCCCCGUAUCGCCAACUGCCUCAGCCAGCUCACCUCGCAUGAUUUCUACCCAACCAGCCCUCCCACGAGACCAUCACCACGCAGUCACCACUUGACUGCUGCGAGCGGGGUCGAGCUGCUUGGCGGGGUCGAGUCGGUUUGGCUAGCCGCCGUACCCGGACAUACUCACACCAAUCACCAGUCAACACACCAGCAGUCGGUGACAGGCGAGGACCAAACUCAUCUUGUGAAGGGCCAAAAAUACACCUGCCUUCUCCACAAUUGCCGAAUUGCCCAUCUGGCGUGCGCCCAUGUCCCGUUCCUUAUCGGGUCCUCCAUCUCCGCGCUUGCUUGCAGCUCGAGCUCAGACAAACAGACGGGAGGCCCAUGUGGGCUCGGCAAGCCCUCGACUGCCGAGCCAAAUGCUAAAUGA